AUGAGGACGACACUGAAUGACCAAUUACUCAGCAGCUCGUUCAUGUCUAUCUGCUGCGAUGUCGGAUGGGAAUCUGUCUAUGCUUUCAUCUACCCAAUAUCCAGCUCGCAUUGGGCUGGUGGCAUUUGUGCUUGCGGUAACAGUUGGGUACAUGGCAGGUCAUCUAGCAUUGGCCCAUGGAAUUGGCCCAGAUCUGGGCUUCCAUUGGAGCGGCGCGUUGUGCCAGACUAUGGCAAGUCUUGGAUCUCUCUGUCAGUUGGUCUCUCGCGGCAGUACUCCAGGGGCGUCACUGAAUACCUGCAAUGGCCACAUGGCGGCGACCCUUGGCUCGAUAGCCCGUUAUGCUGGUUUUAUAUUGGGAUUACCCUAACUCUCGACGCGAUAUACCCUACCGUGUUUUUCCAUUUCCGUCGUACUGAAAGUGGUAGGGAUGGGAAGGAGGCGAAGGGCGAUUAG